AUGAAGCAAAAAAUAGUGAUCAAAGCGACAUUAGACUGUAACAAAUGCAGAAGCAAGGCCCUCACAAUUGCAGCCGCAGCUAAAGGCGUGAGUUCGGUGUCCAUAGAAGGCAGAGACAGAGACCAAGUGGUGGUGGUCGGAGAUGAUGUCGACCCGGUUUGUUUGGCGAGGCUUCUCAGAAAGAAGUUCCGCCAUGCAAGCAUAUUGAGUGUUCAACAGCUGAAACAAGAGAGCAAAGAGGAGAAGAAUAACAAGGAAGAGGAUUAUGACAAUAAGGUUCCACCUUAUUGUCCCACUACUCAUCACUACCCACCAUACCCUAUCUCCUCUUGUCAUGUAGUUCAUGAUCCUUACCCUACUAGUUUUUGCUCCAUUCUCUAA